AUUUCGGGGCUGUUAAUAGGAUGGAGGGGGGGUGGUAACAGUCAGGUCGACUAAUGGAUGUUUUCGUGUUCCGUGCUCAACCUUAUCGGGGAGGAGUCAUUACUUUGCUUGCUGGAGCGUACGUACUGUACCCGUAUCCAGUUAUCGCCUUGGCAGCUGUAAAACCUCUGUUCCCAUGACAGUUUCAGACGUCACCCUGAAGAAGCCCAUGUUGUUUACAGUGAGUGGCUGGAGUGGCUCUCUUAGAGGAUUGUGAUCUUAGAGGAUUACAAAUAAGUUCUGCCUCUAAACGGGAAACAUAGGAGUAUGCCCCCAAGGAAUAGGCUGUGUCUUGCUGUCAUAUAACAGCAUUCAGCACAAGCAUAUACAUGCAUUUGGGAGAACCAGCCAGUAACAGCACGAUGACUGAAAAUGCAGAGCAAUGUAGUCCUGAAGCCCGUGGUGAACUUCAAGAUGGUAAUUCACAAUUUUGUGUUAAAAUUUUCCUUUUUUUUUUACACUUUUUUGUGUUGGGCUUAUUUUAUAGGCUCAACUAAUGGAUGUGAGAGAACAUCUUUUGCAUUUCUGCGACAAGAGCUUCCUGUGAGGUUUGCGAAUAUUCUAAAAGAAAUUGAUCUUCUUCCUGAUAAGUUGCUAAGCACUCCAUCAGUACAACUAGUAAAGAGCUGGUACAUCCAAAGCCUGAUGGAGCUGGUUGAGUUCCAUCAGAAAAGCCCAGAUGACCAAAAAGUCUUACAUGACUUUAUAGAUACAUUAAUUAGAGUCCGAAACAGACAUCAUGAUGUGGUUCCUACAAUGGCACAAGGAGUAAUUGAGUACAAAGAUGCUUUUAAAGUAGAUCCUGUCACCAAUCAAAAUAUCCAGUACUUUUUGGAUCGUUUUUACAUGAGCCGUAUUUCUACCCGGAUGAUAAUGAAUCAACACACCCUUCUCUUUGAUGAUAAUGCCAGCUCAGGGCACCCAAGGCACAUUGGAAGUAUUGAUCCAUGCUGUGAUGUUGUUGAAGUAGUGAAUGAUGCUUUUGAAAGUUCCAAGAUGCUGUGUGACCAAUAUUACUUAACAUCUCCAGAACUGAAGCUUACUCAAGUGAAUGGAAAAUUUCCAGGAAAACCAAUAAACAUUGUAUAUGUUCCAUCUCAUCUCUUUCACAUGCUUUUUGAGCUCUUUAAGAAUUCAAUGAGAGCAACAGUUGAAUUUCAAGAAAACAGUCCUUCCCUUUCUCCAGUUGAAGUGACGGUUGUUCUUGGACAUGAGGACCUGGCAAUUAAGAUCUCUGACAGAGGAGGUGGUGUUCCAGUAAGGAAAAUUGAGCAGCUGUUCAGCUACAUGUAUUCUACAGCACCAAGGCCAAGGAUGGAUGAUGCUCGACAAACGCCUCUUGCUGGCUUUGGGUAUGGUUUGCCAAUUUCUCGUCUGUAUGCUAAAUACUUUCAAGGAGACCUAAAUCUCUACUCCAUAUCUGGUUAUGGAACAGAUGCAAUUAUCUACUUGAAGGCACUAUCAACGGACUCAAUAGAAAAACUCCCAGUUUUUAACAAAUCUGCUUAUAAGCAUUAUCAAGCUACCUCAGAGGCAGAUGACUGGUGUGUCCCAAGUAAAGACCCAAAGAAUGUAUCAAGGCAGAGUGCAGCUCUCUGAAGGGAAGUUGGUAUCCAAGGCACCCAAAGGGAUCAAGCUGUCUUCUCAACAAGGACUAGUGUUUGGAAGUAUUAGUUUCCUUUCAAACAGGCAAAUUUUUCAGUUUUGUGACUGACAAGAGAAAGAUCAGGAGUUUAAGCUAGGCUGUAUGCAUUGAAUAUGAAUUCUUGCUGUGGACUUCAGGAUGAGGAAAAUAAGUGCAUGGAGGAAUGUGUACAUUUUUACUAUGUCUUUUAAGAGUUGCAUAAAGAGGAAAUUCAGUCUAUUUUUUAAUCCUAUGAUCAAAGACUUCCAUGUGGUAGAAGCGUGCAUUUUUUGACUCCUAUCUAAUGCUUGAAUUCUGAAUACUGAUAAAUGUCAGUGGCAUAUAUUUUUUUUUCCUAGACUAGUUAUCAGCACCUCAUCUUAUUACAGAACUCCUCAGGUAGACAGGUGCACUUGUACUUUAAAACUGUAUUUAUAACAUUGGGAAAAGAUCCUCUUCACAUGGCAGGCUGGUAGCAAGAUGCAAACAGCAUACAAAUGCAGCUUGAGUGAGAGGGAGGGAGACAUUCCCAGGCAGGGAGACAGUGACUUCCAUGUAAAAGGAAAUCCCACUUAAAAAAAAACAAACAAAAAUCCCUAUAUUCCAGUAGUAGUUCUUAUGUGAUGCCUUGCUCCAAGUUAUAUUUCUUGAUUUUUUUCUUAUGGUUUUCAUGAAAAAGUAGUAAGGUAAGGCUCCUGUGCAUAAGAUACUAGGAAGGAAAUCGGGAUACUUGAGGCAAGAAGUAGAAUGGCACUUGGUUGUAACAACUGUAAGGUAGUAUCUACCCUACAUCUGCAGUCUGGAAGACCUAUGUUAAGUAGGUAGGUUAGGAUUUUCCAGGAACUUAAGACAGAUAAACAUGCAAGUGGAACUGAAAGGUUUUGAUGUUUUAUGUAAACAUGGCAUGGGAAGCAGUGUGUUUAAAAAAUGGUCUUGUGAUUCUUUUUGGUCAUGCUGUUAGAGGAUUAGUGUCUCAGUACACUAAACCAAAAUCAAAAAAUUGGGACAUGUGGUUCAGGUUUUGCUUCUGUGUAAAAUCCAAGAACUUACCCACAGCUUUGUCAAAUCUGUAUCGGACCAUACUUUAGCCCGAAGGUGUACAUGGGGAUUCUAAAGCCUGAAAGCUGUAAUGAGCACUAAGCCUCUGUUUGAAAGGUUUUCAGGAAAAGUGGUGGUGAAAUAGAAUUUUCUUGUAAGAACUAUUCCCUUGCAAUGGAAAGGGUUUAGGAGAAAUGAGAAGACUUAAAUUAUGAACAGCAAUGAAAACUGUAAAAUAAGUUUUAUGAACAGCAAAAUAGUAGGGAAUGGCCACAGGAACAGUGUCAGUACGAAAGAGCUGUAGGGAGAAUACUUCAUUUUCCAUGAGCUUCUUCCUUUCCUAUCUUCUAUGUGGAUUUUCCCCCUCAUAAGUGAGGCAAACUUAACAGAGUAGAAGUUAAGUACUAUUUGGAAUUGCUAAGUUGGCCAGUCAAAGUUUAUCAGAAAAAUUUUCGUACUUGAAAAUUUUUUGACUUACUAGCAUCGUUAUCUUAAGUGUAUGAUCUUUGGCAAAAGGCUGCAAAUACAGUAUUCAAAGCAUCCUGCCCAGCUGUAAGAAAGCUUUCUAAAGCUGACUUGGCAGAAAGCCACUCCAUACUCUACUGUGAAUAUCAAAUGUGUUUCUUAAUUCUAGCUUUCUCUUUUUGCUAUUACCUUUGUGUUCUAGCAGUCUUGUUGAGGUAGAUUUCUCAAUCAAAAAAAAACAAACCUAAAAUAGCAUUCUAAUAUGCUUCACUUGUUUUAGAAACUAAGUUUAGAAGCAUUUUUGAUAAUUAUUGAGCGUAAUGACUUAAGUACUGCAUGGAGGUCCAUUUAUUCCAGUGAAUAACUUGCAGUCACCAAAAGUCACCAGAUUAUUUAUCUUUGAGCUCAGCUCAGUAAAUGAAAUGGAUAAUAAAAAUGAAAUAUCUCUAUCUAGAAAAUACAGGUGUGAAAAAAUUGCCUUCACUGCCAUAAUAUACUUGAAUACUUUGAUUUUGUAUUGAAUACAAGGUCACAAAAACAUACCUAGGUAGUCAUUGUUUUUAAGUAAGCACAAAUUAUACCUCUUUCUUUGUGCCCAAUGUUGCUUGAACAUGAGUUGUGAUCUCAUGACAUACUUGGUAUCUGUAAUAUAGCUGCAGCUACUCCAGGUGGGAGCUGUAACUUCUAUUUCAAAGCAGUUGAACCACACAGGUACUAUAAACAAAUGUCUGUAAUAGUGCUUGCAGAUAGAAGCUUUCUGGAUAAGUGUAACUUUUGAAGUUACUUUCACAAUGCAGAAAUUGGGAUAUGCAUAGCAAUUAAGUAAACCUUGGGGAAUCUUUUAAUAUUAAAAAGUUACUUAAGGGCUAUCUACCUAGAUAACAUAGUGCUUUUUUCAGCAGUUACUGAUUUUUUUUUUAAUUCCUGAAAAUAAAGUUCUAGU